GUAGAUCCAUAAGACAACAAAACUACUAAAAAUCAUUGAUAUCUACAUAGUGUAGAAGUUAACUUCGUCUUCUGUGUAGUAUAUAAACACCUGCUCACAGGUACUGAAGUGGAGAAUAAAUAAUACAGAUUACCCUCUCCUCUCAAGAAGCAAGUUUCACAGCUUUUCCCGGCCCAUGGCACUCCUCAUCAAGAGCACAAUAAUCAUCGCUGUUUUCUUGGUUCUUGGAGUCAUCAUAUCUUCCACAUCCAUAUGUUGCGUUGGUGCAGUCGGCACGCAGGACACUCCUGCUCCCAAGCCAAAACCAGGGAUGCCGUGCUUCCACGCCGGAGGCUCGCAGUACCCGUGUACUGUGGAUGGGUGCCGCAGGUUAUGCGAGCACGAACACCACAGGAGCGAUAAGGCCUACUGUAAAAGUGUUGGGCCUCCAGGGGAGUGCUGCUGCCCAAAUUAAUGAGUAGACUGUGUAAUGACGAUUCAGUAUGUUUGAUGAUGACAAUAAAAU